AUGUUGGAAGCUGACGAAGUUGAUAUUGAUUAUUUUACUCCAGUAGCAAGCACAACAUUAGCAAACAUUUUUGGCAGCGAUACACGCGUAGAGGAAAAAGAUGAUGUGUCUUUAAAAUAUGUUCCGAUACCACCACAAAAUUCAGCACCAAAACAAGAAGAAUCUAAGGCAACUCAAAUUAUAUACGCCUCUACUUUCUUUGGCUAUGAAUGGGUUAACAAUACAUAUGCUUCUAGAGGAAAAUUGGGUGCUGCUAUAGUAAAAUCCGUGAAAACUGAACACUAUAACAUAAUUUUAUACGAUUGUAAUAAAUUGACUUUGUCAUGUACAAAUAUUUCCCCUGAGCUUGAGAUAAACAUAAAAGGAAAUUCAAACUUAUCAUAUUAUGAUAAUUAUAAAAAUUAUUGGAGCUUGUAUGGAACAGAUGUAGAAAUUUCUAAAUUCAUUGAAAAAUUAAAACCAUUUAACAUUCAAAUAAAUAAGUUACUGCAAACAGAAAGUGGUCCAGAAAAUAUUACUACUAAAAAACAUGAUGAUAAUAUUGUUUCUAGUCAGAUUCUCAAGGAUGAAGAAAGUGAUACCAAUUCUUCAAUAAAGAUAAGAACCAAGGAUUCAAUUUUAAAAAGGAUGGCUACAAUGGGUCAAUCAGUGCUGCCAAUGCAAGCUGUAACAUUACCAAGAUCUGAUGAGUCUUCAGACACAGAUGAAACUUCACAAAAAAUUAUUAGACAUAAAUUUCAGAAAAUCAAUUCGAAAAGAAAUUUUAAUAAAAAAGUAGACCUAAAUAAAGAUAGUUCUACAGAGGUUAAUUUGGAAAAAAGAGCCUCAAACUUAUACUCUGAUAAUAUUUCAGCGAAUAAUUUUGAUCAACAACUUGUACCUACUUGUACUAAUAUAAUAACCAACCCUAUAAUAAAUAAUUCAAAUGACUUAAAUUUAUUUAUGUCUGAACAGAGAAUAAGCAAUAGUGAAUUGCGUAUUAAUAUAAAUAGAUUGGCAGAUAAAAUGGACAAAGUAUUAGAAGGUAUUCAAAGUAUUGGAGAAACAGAAAGUAACAGCAAUACAAUUAAUUUUCAAAGUGACAUCAUUCAAAAGCUGUUAAAUGAAUAUGAAAAUAAAAUAAAAACUUAUGAAAACUACUUAGUAUCAAAAGGACUAAAUUAUGUCACUAUUUUGAAAUCCUACAGACAACAUGGAGAAGAUAAUAAUAUGCAAAAUGAUAUAGAUUCACAUAAAAAUAAAAUUGAGGAACUUGAAAAAAUUAUUGACGAAAAGGAUAUAGAAAAUGCUUUUCUACAAAAUGAAUUGAAAACUUUGCAGGCAAAGUUCGAAUCAUAUAACAAAGCAAGCGACAAAAAGCAAGAAGAACAAUUUAAAGAAAUUAAUUUAUUAAAAGAAGAGUUGUGCUCUAAAAAUAAACAAUUAGCAACUUUAUCUGAAGAUUUAAAAAGCCUAUCCUUACAAAACAGUAAUGAUUUUAGAAGGAAGGUAAAAUCUAUAAUGAAUAAAACAUUCCACAGCCUAUCUGCCAAUUUUGCUGACAGUGAAUCUUAUCCAGGUGCUGCCAUAAAAUCUUUAUUUGCCAGUGUCAUUAAAAAAGUAACCAUGGAAGCUUUAAAUGAAGUGUAA